AUGAAUAAUAAUAAUCAUGAAUCAUUAACAGAUAUCGAAGAUGUGACGAUAGAAUCAUGUGAAGGUUGUUCGGUACCUUGUUCAACGCAUCAAGUUUAUCCUUCUUACCUUAAAAUUAACCAAGAAUUACCACUUCAAGGAACAGUAAAACCUUUUUCGAAGCACGUACUUAUAUCUACGGGAAAAAUCGAUUGGCAAGCUCACAUUGAAGAUGAACAUGAAAGUCUUGCAUCUCAUUUGGCAAAAGUUAUAAACGUUACUAAUGGAAGUGAUCAAAAAAAAAAUGAAACCAUUGACAAAGGUUCAAAGAAACCAAAAAUCCUUAUCACAAAUAGUAACAGGAAAAAUGGAGAUUACGAUCCUUUAAUCUCCAAUGGAGAUGAUGUUUUACUUUUUCCAGAUAAUAUUAUUAUUCGACAUGUUUCACCAAAGCAUGCAGCGGAAUUUCGUAAUCAAUUUUUAUGUAAUAAAUUCGGUCGUGGGGAUGAUGAUUUAAUUCAAAAGAAUCCGUCACCUACGCUCCCGGUGACUUUUACGGUGGAAAAGAUGCUAUAUAAGAGUGUGAUCUUGAUUUGUUCACAUAAACGUCGAGAUAAAAGAUGUGGCGUUACAGCGCCUUUAUUGAAAGAUGAAUUUGAUAAAGUGUUAAAGAAUAAAGGUCUGGAUGUUGAUAGUCGUGUUGAUAAUAAGGAUGGUAUAGCAGUUUACAUGACAAGUCAUAUAGGAGGGCAUAAAUUUGCUGGGAAUGUGAUAGUUUAUUGCGAAGGGAAAGGAAUAUGGUAUGGACGGGUAACCCCUUGUCAUGUAAAUUUAAUAAUUGAAAAAACUGUGAUCGAAGGAAGAAUUAUCAGAGAUUUGUAUCGUGGUGGUUUCGUUCAAGCGUUAGUUUCGCCCACACCACUUUGGAAUCAAAAUCUCAUUGAAUCUCGCGCAUCGGAGCCAAAAACAAAUACUUUUAAUCUCGUUUUAAAAAAGGUUAACCUCGCUCCAGAUGGAUUUACUCGUAUUAUGUCAACAAUUAAUGGGCAAUAUCCUGGACCGACCAUAGAAGUCAAUAAAGGAGACCGUAUUGUAAUGAACAUUCGUAAUGAGUUAGAGGAUCCAACAUCAAUUCAUGCUCACGGAAUUUUUCAAAAAGGGACUCCAUGGUUCGAUGGGGUACCAGGGCAGACCCAAUGCGAGAUACCAAGCGAUUAUGAAUUUACUUAUAAUUUCACGGUUCCCGACCAAGUUGGCACUUAUUGGUACCAUUCGCAUGACUUAAUGCAAUAUGUUGAUGGAAUUGUUGGCGCAUUAAUUAUUCACGAUCCUGAUGAUCCGUAUAAAGCAGAGUACGACGAGGAAAUUCUUGUCAUGUUGACUGAUUAUCAUCACACAGAGGCUCAAAUUUUGUUGAAUUCUUUCUUGACCCCUGAACGUGAUGUUCCAGAUAAUGGAUUGAUAAACGGAAAAAAUAAUUACGAUUGCUCAAAAGCUCCACCAGGUUCUACAUGCGUAGAUAAUGCUGGUCUCGCUAAGUUUGAAUUCGUUUCUAAUAAAAGAUAUCGUCUUCGCAUCAUCAAUACCAGCGCAUUUUCAGCAUUCUUCUUUUCAAUUGAUAAACAUGUGAUGGAGGUUAUCGAAGUAGAAGGGACCUACACCAAACGAAAUAAAAUUCAUCGUCUUCCUAUCAAUGUUGGCCAAAGAUAUUCUGUUAUCGUUACUGCGGAUCAAUCUGUUGACAAUUAUAUCAUGCGUUCUGAAUUUCAAAAGAAGUGUAUGCCAGAUGGAGCAAUUUCCCUUCCUGUUGUAACAGCAAUAGUUCAUUAUGAUGGUGCACCCGAGGAUUCUGUUCCAAAGGAUAUACCGUGGACAGAUUUCUUGGAAGAAUGUAUUGAUCUAAUUCCAGAAACUUUACAACCAUUAUAUGAAGAAAAGGUUCCUGAAGCAACAAGAGAAAUUAUACAUGAAAUCGCAUUUCAUAAAGAUUCAUUAGGAAUCGAUAAAGCUUUUAUUAAUGGAUCUACUUAUGUUCCUAAUCUAAUUUCUUCUACUUUGACUAAAGUCUUUGAAGGAACAACAGCUAACCUUCCUGCUUCCGAAAAUGCUUUUACUUUUAACACUUUUGGAGAAGUCGUUGACAUUUAUUUCAUCAAUACUGACGAAGGUGAACACCCGAUCCACAUGCACGGACAUCAAUUUUGGUUACUUGGAAUUGGGAAUGGAACUGUAGUUGAUAAGACUGCAUUAAAUACAGUUAAUCCAAUCAAACGAGAUACCUCAACAAUACCUAUCAGCGGAUGGUCUGCUUUAAGAUUUGUUGUGGAUAACCCUGGAGUGUGGGGUCAUCAUUGUCAUAUGUGGCAUAUGCAAGUAGGUCUUGUAAUGCAAUUGAUUGAGCUACCGGAUGAAAUUAAUAAACUGUCCCCACCUGAAGAAUGGGCAGAAUUAUGUCAAUUGAAAAGAUAUUAA